AUGACUAGUUACUACGGUGGCCACGGGCCCAUGCUCAAUGGUGUUCUUUGGGCACAGGUAGUCGUUUGCAUGUUCUUCGUAUCCCUUCGACUUUACACUCGCUCUCGAAUCCUGCAUUCAAUUGGAGCAGAUGACUAUCUCGUCCUUCUAGCCCUGAUAAUCUACUCCUCGUUCGUAUCCGCCGGAACGGAAUUCGGCGUCGGCCGUCUCUUCGCAGACGUCGGCAAUCCCGAUGCAUACUUCAAAGCCGUCGAAAUGGAAGUAUACGCCCAAGUAAGCGGGAUUCUUCUUAUUGGCGUGGGAAAAUGCGCUGUCGGUAUCUUUCUUCUCCGAAUUAUACGGAACAAGAUACAGAAAUGGGCUAUAUGGACCUUUUUGGCAGGCACAGUGGGCAUUACCCUUUUUGCAGGUGUCGUUGUUGUGGUGCAGUGUGAUCCCGUGGAAAGUACCUGGGAUAAGAGGAUUGAUGGGUAUUGUUGGAUUGACUUUUCUAAAGUUGGGUUGACUGUUGGAUCUUGGUUUGUUGUUGCCGACUUCUUCUUUGCUAUUUUCCCUUGGUUUGUUAUCUGGGAACUCAACAUGAAGCGCAAGGAGAAGAUCACUGUUGCUUGUGGUUUGAGUCUCGGUAUCUUUGCCGGUAUUUGCGGUAUCGUCAGAACCGUCGCGCUCGACAGUCUCAACGCAGACGAAUUCAUCUACGACACAGUCGACAUGCUCAUCUGGUCCGCCACCGAAAGCACCGCCACGAUAAUGUGCUCCUCCAUCCCCGUCCUCCGUCCACUCUACGUCCGCUUCCGCUACGGUAGUAAGGGUGACAGCUCUACCGGAGGAAGUAGCUACAAUCUCAAGAAGUACGGAAAUCACAGUAGUAAGAAUGGCACUGGAACUGGUGCAAAUGCUGGGCCGUCGCAUCAGACCGUUAUUGCGUAUGGUGCGAAUGCUAGUGAUGAGAGUAUUUUGAGAGAUACGAAGAAUAUGAAUGAUGCCGGUGGAAUUCGGAGGACCGAUGAGAUUUCUAUUAGUUAUGGGGAGGUUUGA